AUGGAGGCGCAAAUCAACAAGCCCCACCGGAAGCCCAAGGAGAAGAAGAAGCAUAAUGGAGACAAUCCCAAGGCCUUUGCAGUGCACAGGCCCGGUAAACUGCAGACACAAGCUGCACGAUCCUCAGAUAUAAAAGAGAAGCGCCUACAUGUGCCUCUCGUCGACAGACUUCCCGAUGAACCGCCACCUCGACUCGUCACCAUCGUCGGCCCCCCAGGGGUCGGCAAGACGACACUCCUCAAGAGCCUGAUCCGCCGAUACUCGAAGGAGACGAUAUCAAACCCCCAGGGGCCCAUAACUGUCGUCACUUCAAAGAAACAACGCCUGACUUUCAUCGAAUGCCCCAACGAGCUCGAGGCCAUGGUCGACAUCGCCAAAGUAGCUGACAUUGUCUUGCUGAUGAUAGAUGGCAACUACGGUUUCGAAAUGGAGACAAUGGAGUUUCUGAAUAUCCUGGCUGCGACUGGUAUGCCAGGCAAUGUCUUUGGAAUUCUGACACAUCUCGACCUGUUUAAAAAACCACAUACCCUCAAGGACGCAAAGAAGAGGCUAAAGCACAGGUUAUGGAGCGAGCUCUACCAAGGCGCACAUUUGUUCUACCUUUCCGGCGUCAUCAACGGACGUUAUCCCGACCGUGAGGUACACAACCUGUCUCGAUUUCUUUCCAUCAUGAAGAACCCACGACCAUUGAUUUGGAGGAAUUCACACCCUUAUACUAUUAUCGACAGUUGGCGCGACAUCACACAUCCAACCAAGAUUGAGGAGGACGAAAAGUGUGACCGAUCAAUAGUGCUCUCCGGCUAUCUGCGUGGCACAAAUUUCGCAUCACAGGGUCAAAGAGUGCAUAUACCAGGCCUGGGUGAUUACACUCUCGCAAAUGUGGAGGUUCUGCCAGACCCGUGUCCAACACCGGCCAUGGAGCAGGCCCUUGCUAAGAUUACUGGCAAGACCGGCCGGCGGCGUCUAGAUGACAAGGACAAAAAGUUGUACGCACCAAUGUCGGACCGGAGUGGGUUGCAGGUAGAUGGAGAUGCCAUUUACAUCUACCGAGACAAGGGUUUCACUUUCGACAAGGACGCCAAAGACGUCGAGCGAGGCGAGGGCGAGGAACUCAUCAUAAAUCUUCAGUCUGAGAGGCGUCUCCUGGGUCAGACCGAGGAUGGAGUGCAACUGUUCGCAGGCGGCGAGGAACUCAAAGAGGCUGGGGAUGACGACACCGGUCGCAAGAGCCACAGACAGGCAAGGCUUGCUGACCAGAACGGUUUCGACGGGGAAGACGAUCUACAGGACGGCGACGACGACUCUCUCCCAGAUGCAGAUGCAUCCGACGUCGAGACCGAGUUCAACGAGCAAAAGCUGGGCAAAAUCUUUCGAAAGGAUACUGACAAGGACGGGAAUAAUGACGAUGUUGCUUUUGCGGAUAGUGAUUCGGACCUGGGCUCAAUAUCAGGCGAGGAAGACUCAAAUGACGAAGACUUAAGUGACGAGCAGGAUUUUGACUCUGACGACGAGGAGGCCGCUCUCAAAUGGAAGGAAAACAUGGAGGAGCGGGCUAAGCAACGUCAUGGAAAGAAGAGCCCAUAUCAGCCCGCAAGUUUGGCAAGAAUGCUCUAUAACGACUCCCUAAGCAUAUCUGACAUUCUCAAAAAGUGGCGAGGGGAUGAGGAAGAGGGGGAGGAAGAGGAGGAGGAGGAGGAUAUUGAGGCUGACUCUGGGGACGAGACUUUCUUCAAGAAGUCCAAGAAUGAGAAGGAAGAUCUUGCGGACGACCGUUCAAUACCCAAUUUUGACUAUGACAAACUGACGUCGUACUGGUCAAACGAGGAGAGCAUUGAAGCUCUGAGGCAGAAAUUUACUACCGCUACCUUGUUGGACGAUGAGGACGACGGAGAAGGGGACGAUGAUUUCGACGGCUUUGGCUCAGGAGAUGAGCCUGGCGAGAGUGACAAUGACGAUGAUGACGAAGGCGACGGGGCUUUCGAAGAUCUUGAGACUGGUGAGAAGCAUGGACCGGCGGAAACAGAUCUGGAAGCUGAGCGGGAGAAGAACGCUCGCCGGAAAGAAGAGCUCAAACUGCGAUUUGAAGAAGAGGACCGAGAAGGCUUCAACAACGACAAAGCGAAAGCUCGACGGGAGGGCGGAGGUGACGAUGAAUUCGGCGAGGACGACUGGUACGAUGCCCAAAAAGCCAUGAUACAGAAGCAGCUGGACAUCAACAAGGCCGAGUUUGAAAACCUGGAUGAGAGACAACGAUCGCUAGUGGAGGGCCACAGGGCGGGCAAAUAUGCCAAAUUGGUCAUCGAGGGUGUGCCGGCUGAGUUUGUCAAGCAAUUCAACGCCAAGAUGCCAAUCAUCGUGGGAGGUCUCUCAGCCACCGAGGACCGGUUUGGAUACGUUCAGGUGCGAAUCAAACGGCAUAGGUGGCACAAGAAGAUCUUGAAGACUGGCGACCCGCUCAUUUUCUCGCUGGGUUGGAGGAGAUUCCAGUCGAUGCCGAUCUACAGCAUUUCAGACUCCCGAGUACGGAAUAGGAUGCUGAAGUACACGCCGGAGCAUAUGCACUGCUUCGCCACCUUUUACGGUCCCUUGAUAGCGCCAAAUACUGGUUUCGUCAGCUUCAACUCCUUCUCAUCCUCCAACCCGGGCUUCAGGAUAGCAGCCACAGGCACCAUUUUGAGCGUGGACGAGUCCACUGAGAUCGUCAAAAAGCUCAAACUGACGGGUGCGCCCUACAAGAUCUUCAAGAACACGGCCUUCAUCAAAGACAUGUUCAACACCUCGCUCGAAAUUGCCAAGUUCGAGGGCGCCUCCAUCAAGACGGUCUCUGGCAUUCGAGGUCAAAUCAAACGCGCUCUAUCCAAGCCGGAAGGGCACUUCCGCGCAACCUUUGAGGACAAGAUCCUGCUCAGCGACAUUGUGUUCUUGCGCGCAUGGUACCCCAUCAAGCCGCACCGCUUCUACAACCCCGUGACGAACCUGGUUGGGUGGCAGCGGGCGCGACUGACGGGUGAGAUCCGCGCCGAGCAAGCCCUUCCGACUCCACAGAACAAGGACAGCCAGUACCGCAAGAUCGAGCGUGCGGACAGGCACUUCAAUCCGCUGCGCGUCCCCAGGAAGCUCGCGGCCGACCUCCCGUACAAGAGCCAGAUCGUACAGACCAAGGCCCAGAAGAAGCCGACGUACAUGCAGAAGCGCGCGGUGGUUCUCGGCGGCGAGGAGAAGAAGGCGCGGGACUUGAUGCAGAAGCUGACGACGAUCCGGAAGGAUGUUGCGGAGAAGAGGAAGGCCAAGAAAGACGAGAACAGGGCAGAGUUCAAGAAGAAGAUGGCCGACAUGGCCGAGAAGAAGGCCGCGAGGGAGAAGAGGGAGACCAAGGAGUGGUGGAGCAAGGAGGGAAAAAAGAGGAGAAACGGGGAGGAAAGCGGUGGCGGUGGGAAGAGGAGGAGAUAG